AGAAGAGUUUAAAGAUAAUACUGUAAUCACUAUUGCACAUAGGUUGCGAACGGUUGUAGAUUAUGAUAGAAUUAUAGUUAUGGAUGCUGGAAAUGUAGUUGAAUUUGAUAUUCCAUAUAUGUUGAUGCAAAAGCCUGAUGGAUUAUUUAAAGAAAUGUGUGAAAGAAGUGGUGAAUUUACAGAAUUAAUAGAAAUUGCCAAGCAGAAAUAUGAGAGUAAAUUGGUUCAUUUAUUGAAACGCAAUUGA